UUUCCUUCACAUAAACUUCAAAAUGGCAGCUUCCAUGGAAAGACAAACAAGUUCUUUUGAUCCAACUGAUAAUGAUCCUGUAGGAGAUUUAGCUAUUGGAAGCUCAUAUCAACUGAACGAACUAAAUUCAAAUCACAAUGAAAGUCAAAAGACUGAUGCAACUCAAAAACUCAUCAAGAAUUUACAAUUUCGUAAUCCUGGACCUCUACAAGUGUUCGAUCCAAAUACCAGUGCUCGCGAAAUGAGAAAAGUUAUGAGAACAUCUGCAGCUAUAGGACGGGCAAAAAACAAAAAAAAGAUGGUGUACAAUGAGCAAGGUUUACUACAAGAAAGUGGUAGAGACUUGUGUGAUUGCCUCAAUCAUCAGUGCCCAGGAUGCCACUUCCCAUGCCCACUCUGCAAGUCGCCAAAAUGUGGUAACGAAUGUCGCUGUAAACGCAAAUGGUUGUACGAACAAGUAGAAGUAGAGGGCAUUGGAGUGGUCUAUAAAUUUCAGAGAGUUACUGUCAUGAAACAAAGAAGAAUAGCGUCAUCUUGGCGAACUUAUUCAAGGGAAGUUUUUUGAUCAUCAGGAGCAGUGGCUAAUCGCUGAGAUUGUACAUUAUGGAAGAAAAAGAAAAGAUGUUAGAAAGGGGCCAAUAAAGGAAGCAUUGGACUAAAUACAUCAAAAAGUUGUCCAUAAAGAACAUUAAUAGAAGCCAAGUGAGUAUAGCUUGGAUAAAUCACAUCAGAAGAUGUGAGUGAAUUGUCAAGACAGAUCCAAGAAAUGGCAAAACGGGAACUUAAGCCCCCAUCAGCAAUAUAAUAUAAAUUUAGAGGAGCAUCUCCUCCCAAAUCCUCUUGAACCUUAGGUCCUUGAUUGGUGGUUUUCACCCCACUCUCUCCCAGACUGAAACAUCCUAAAUCCAACCCUGAUGGUAGUCCUCUGCUACAGAAUUGAGGCAUUAAAAGAUAUAAAGGUAUGCUGUUUGUGUUGACCUGGUAAUCUUGAAAUCGGUAAAAUUCUAUAAUUCAGUUGCUUACUUUAUAUAUAAAAUUAUAAAUAUUUAGUUUUUAUUUAAAAAGUAGAAUGAGAAAAUAAUUUAAUUAAAAAUAAAUUUUGUAGGCUUAAAUUAAAUUAGUUGGUAAUCAAUUUAAGAUUUUUUGAAGUAAAUUCUUAAAUUUUUAAGAAUUCUUAAAUAUUUUAAAGUAAAUUCUUCCAGGCCUUCUUCUUGCACCCCCUCCCCUUUUAAUCCACGACUGAGUUGGUGGCCCUAGAUUAAAAACUUGGGGGAUGGGGGAGUUAUUAGCAGUUAGUGGGUGGGGGGGGGGUGGCACUAGUCAGUUACAGACUGGGAGUGGGUCAAAAGAAACUGCGCAGUUUAAGCAUUUUUUUCUCUUCAUAAAUAUAUAUUAUAUUUUGUUUUGUUUUUUUUUGGUCUGAUGAGUCAUGGCAAACAUGAGCUUGGCCUGUCCGAAGAGUGGAGGUUCUUGAGCCUGCUGGCGCCACCACUGGCACUCAGUGCACGUCUUCACCUUAAGCAUAGACUUGAUUGCAGCCUCUAAAUUUUGUCCUAAUCAUUAGUGAAAACUAUUAAACAUAAAUUUAUUUUGGCCCCAGUGGCGUUCCAUAUUACUUCUUUGCACCAAUGGCAUUCCAUGCUAUACUUUUUCUGGGUUUAUUCCCAUUCAAAAUCAACAACAUAACAAGUAGAGUUCCUAUAUAGGAACUCUAAUAACAAGCUUCUGGACAUAAACGCUAAAAAAAAAUCAAUAAUUUAGAGACUUUUGGCAAGUCUACCUUAAGCAUUGCACUGUGUGUUUGAAAGCUUUUCGCUCAAUAAAUUUUUACACUAAUUUAUACUGUUGUCAUUCUCUGUAGAUCGUUAUGCUAUUAGGGCUACUCAUAACAUUACCGUAUUAUUAUGUCUCAAUUGAAGUUGAUAAAUUAUUGAUGAAAUUAAUUGAAUAAUUCAAUGUGCUAAUGAAAAUUAUAUAAGGAUAUUUUUUUCAUAUUUUACUACAGACAGUGUAUAUUUAUUUCAUUCAUUUCACUUUUAUGGUAUUAUCUCAUAGAGUACUUUAUUGCAGGGUCUAAAAAACAAAACAAAAAGAAAUACUUCUUUACACAAUUUGUAAAUAAUUUACAGAGUACUGUACUGUAUUAAGCUUAAAGCCUGUUUGCAUUGUACUUUUUUUGUUGAAUAAUAAUGAUAAACCUGAUCAGUUUGGCUAUAUAGUCAAGUACGAACAACAUACCUAACAUCCUCCUUGGUCAAAUUGCCAUCCAUGCAUUCACAAAAUUUAUAUUUAUAUCCAAGUGUGAACAUUGUGAUAAUUUUACCUAGGUAGAUUUACCCCUCGUCUAAAUCGGACAAAAUUAAUGCAAAGUGGCCGUUGAUGCUAUAGUAGAAGCUAUUGUACAACUGUAGCUACUUAUGCAGGCAAACUAAUUAUAGCCUAGCAUACUAGUUUAUCAUAAAUGAUGUAAAAUAUUCAUAUUUUGUUCGUCGUUAUCUGAAUAAUUGAUUCCUGCACAGGGGCGUACGGUGAAAAAUCUAAGGGGGGUUGAAACGAAAGCACAGGGGGAAAGCUGAACUCGGAGAAAUUUAGCGAAGCUUUCAGAAUUCGCAGGGUGCGUUAUUUGUGAGUGAAGCGAGCAUAUUUAAAGGGCACUUUCUUUAAAAGGGGGAGUCGACCACACCCAUCGACCCCCCCCCCCCACGGUACGCCCCUGCUGCAAGGCAUUCAGUAUUAAUUGAUAAAUCUGCACACACAAAGCUUGCAAACCGGUAAAUCCAAAGUGCAUUUGUUUCUACCAUUGUAUAUACACCACUAGUCAUGGCUUCUUCAUAUCUUUAUUUAGUGUGCUAUAUUACUACAAAUGGGGUAAUAUCCCCAGACCUUGGAAUGGGGAUGAUGGCAUCUGGAUAAAUUUACUUCAACAAAACAUUAGAUGCAUAGUAUCCAUUAUCUUAGAGCUUUUAAUUUGAGCAGUCUUAUGUUGAUUCUUAUUUUAUUUGAAUAAAAUUUGUAGGUUAAAAAUAGUGAUAGAUUUAGAAAAUUGCUAACAGUGGGUGGGGGAGAAACAUGUCUGACAGAAUGUCCAAACCAAAAGGGACCACCUAGAUUCUCAACUAAGUUUCUAGGAGUAAAACCCCUGGUUGGCAAGUAGGGACUAAUUUUAGGAUAGUAAAAAUUGUGCUUAAAAGAUACUUAAAAAUCACAAUAACAUUGCUUGCUUGCCUGGCUGACAAUAUAAUUUUCCCCACUGCCAUUUGUAUAGUAAAUCUUUUGUAAUAUGUACAGUAUUAUGAUUUACUCAUGUCUUUUAUGUAAACAAAUUUAAGCUUAUCAAAUGCUGAUUGCCAUCUACUGUAAGAUGGUGGAACCACUUUUUGUAUUCUUUUUAAAAGAACCAAAACUAAAUAUAUUGCUUUAAAUUAAUAUGCUUUCAUUGUGGAAAACUUACUUGAAUGUUUUGUAAUGGAACACAAAACAAUUUUUUUAUAUUUCAUUACAUGUGAAUUAUAGUCAUAAUCAUAUCUGCACUUCAUAGGCAGUCACACCAUAUAUUAUAGUUGCAUAAAUUUAUUAUUUAUUCUAAGGUAUAUAUCAUGAAUGCAAGCAACCAAACAAACUAUAAUUUUGCUUUGAUUUAUAUUUUAAAUGUUUAUAGCUACUGUAUGUACUAAAACAAUGCAAAAAAUAAACUUCAUAAUUCUCUUA